CAAAACACAUGAGCUAGUGAGGAAGGAAGCCUCGUGAGAAAGAGCAAUUCAUCUUUCUUUCUUUGAACCUACAAUAACGUAGGUAGGUCCCACAAAAUUGCCGACACGCGGCCACUCGAAGCUGAUUUUAGCCUCCGUAAAAGAAUCUCGCACCCACCGAAUUUUCAAUACCCCACCAAAUUAUAAUUAAAAUCAAAUUAUAUUCCCCAAAACAAAGAUAUAACUCCGAAAAUAAUAAAGUAUUAGUAUUUCACAAAGAGAAGAAAGGUAAAUAGAGAUGAGGAUUUUCAUAUUUAUUUUUGCAUUAUUUAAAAAAAACAUUGUGAUAUAAAUAUGACGUCGAUAAGGAGCGAGCAAAUAAAAGGAGAAAAAGUAAAAGAAAAAAGAUAUUAAAAAUUAGGUCAAGAAAAGGGCCCCACUUUCCAUCCUCUGCAAAUUUCCCUAUAAAAGGCUGCUUUGGCCCUCAUGCAAUUCUCGCUCACUCUUCAUCCGCAGCUUCACGUUCUCUCUACACAAUCGCUCAAACCCUAGCCCUCUUUCUGUCUCUCUCUCUCAUCCGCAGCCGUUAGGUUUCCGUCAAUCCUCUCUCUCUUCCGCUCAAUCUCUCAUUCUCCCUACCAUCCUUCGCUUCUCCCUCUCUCUCAAUCCAAUUCCUCGGAAUCUGCAUGGUGGGAUCCACUUUCGAGAAUUAGAUUUGUUUGGUUUUCCGUUUCGGUGAAUCCGUUUCGUAGUUUGAUUUUCCCAAUUUCAGCUUCUUCUGAGGGGUAGGCGUGGGGAUUUCGGUGCCGUGUAACCGUGCGUUCGGCCACCGUUUUGUGAUUCAGAUCCCUUUUUGCCUCUUUUGAGGGGGUAGCCGGGGCUCCGGCCUCGGCGGGUUUUAAAGCCCCCAUCUGUUACGACCUCAUUCAAUUCCGAUAUAUUUCAUUAACCUAAUCAAAUCCCCCCCUUAUUUUUCGAUACAAAAAUUCUUUGAUUCUUUUUCUUUUUUCUGAUUUCCCAAUCCAUACCGUAGAGAACGGAGAGAUCGUAGAUCGGCGAAGAGAUGCCUGCCCUCGCUUGCUGCGUAGAUGCUGCCGUUUCUCCUCCUCCCUACGCCUUUGCCAGCUGGGAUAGCACUCUUCCCGAAAUUCCGCCGCCAGCCACCGCCGCGGCGCCCUCGCCGUGGACGCCCGACCACUCGGCGCUUCUGUACCGCGUCGACGGAUGGGGCGCACCGUACUUCACGGUCAAUUCUAACGGCGACGUUGCUGUCCGUCCCCAUGGCGCCAGCACCCUGGACCACCAGGAAAUCGAUCUUCUCAAGGUCGUUAAGAAGGCGUCCGACCCGAAGAGUUCGGGCGGGCUCGGGCUUCAGUUGCCCCUCAUUGUCCGGUUCCCUGACAUACUGAAGGACCGCCUUGAAUCUCUCCAAUCUGCUUUUGAUUUUGCGAUCCAAUCUCAAGGGUACGACGCUCAUUACCAGGGAGUCUACCCGGUGAAAUGCAAUCAGGACAAGUUUGUUGUGGAGGAUAUUGUGAAUUUUGGUUCCGGCUUCCGCUUCGGGCUCGAAGCUGGCUCCAAACCGGAGCUUCUCUUGGCCAUGAGCUCCCUAUGUAACGGAAGCCCUGAGGCGCUAUUGGUGUGUAACGGAUUCAAGGAUGUCGAGUACAUAGCUCUGGCAUUGGUCGCGAGGAAGCUGCAUCUGAAUUCUGUGAUUGUGCUCGAGCAAGAGGAAGAGCUUGAUAUUGUGAUCGACGUGAGCAAGAAGCUUGGUGUUCGGCCCGUAAUUGGGCUCAGGGCUAAACUGAGGACUAAGCAUUCUGGCCAUUUUGGAUCUACUUCCGGCGAGAAAGGGAAAUUUGGUCUCACAACGACGCAGAUUCUUCGCGUUGUUAAGAAACUGGAGCAGUACGAAAUGCUGGAUUGUUUGCAGCUGCUACAUUUCCAUAUUGGAUCUCAGAUCCCUUCUACGUCAUUGCUAGCUGACGGCGUUGGUGAAGCUGCACAGAUCUAUUGCGAAUUAGUUCGCCUUGGUGCCUGUAUGAGAGUUAUUGAUAUUGGUGGAGGACUUGGAAUCGAUUAUGAUGGCUCAAAGUCUCAGAAUUCUGAUAUCUCUGUGAGCUACAGCCUUGAAGAGUAUGCUUCUGCCGUCGUUGCGGCUGUGCGGUUGGUGUGCGACCGCAAGGGCGUCAAGCAUCCAAUCAUUUGCAGUGAAAGCGGCCGUGCAAUCGUCUCCCACCACUCAAUUUUGGUGUUCGAGGCUGUUUCUGCAAGUUCUCACGAUUCUCCUCAGUUUCAGUCCCCUCCCGGGAUUGAGUAUUUUGAGGAGCAGUUGACUGAUGAUGCUCGUGCUGAUUACCGGAAUUUGUAUGCAGCUGCCGUUCGUGGCGAAUAUGAAAAUUGCUUGCUUUAUGCAGAGCAGCUGAAACAACGGUGUGUUGAGCAGUUCAAAGAAGGGUCUUUGAAUAUGGAACAGCUUGCUGCAGUUGAUGGCCUUUGUGAAUUGGUGUCGAAAGCUAUUGGUGUUUCUGAUCCUGUUCGGACAUACCAUGUGAAUUUGUCUGUUUUUACCUCCAUCCCUGAUUUCUGGGGCAUUGCCCAGUUGUUUCCUAUGAUUCCUAUCCACAGGCUGGAUGAGAAGCCUGCAGUUAGGGGUAUCCUGUCGGACUUGACCUGCGACAGUGAUGGGAAGAUCGACAAGUUCAUUGGUGGUGAAUCCAGCUUGCCUCUGCACAAAUUGGAUUCGAAUGGCAAUGGUGAUUGUGCGGCCUAUUAUCUGGGGAUGUUCUUGGGCGGGGCUUAUGAGGAGGCGCUCGGUGGUCUUCACAACCUGUUUGGUGGCCCAAGUGUCGUGCGUGUGUCGCAGAGCAACGGCCCCCACGGGUUUGCUGUAACGCGUGCUGUGCCCGGUCCAUCUUGUGGGGAUGUGCUCCGGGUUAUGCAGUAUGAGCCCGAGCUCAUGUUCCAGACUCUGAAACAUAGGAUUGAGGAGUUUGCCGAUGAUGGUGGCAGCAGCAGCUUGGCGCUGGCAGAUGGCCUUGCUUGCUCUUUCAAUAACAUGCCUUACUUGGCAGCCGCCGCCUCUUGCAGCCUGACUGCUGCUGCGGCUGGCAAUGGUGGUUACUACUAUUGCAGUGACGAGAGCUUUGCAUCGUCUGGCGAUGCUGUUGGUGCUGAGGACGAGCAGUGGUCUUAUUGCAUUGCUUGAGUUUAAUGUUUUUAGUUAAAAGUCAGUUUACAUCUCCUGUUUGUUCUAGUUUGCGGUUGGGGUAUUGUUAUUAACUUUUUAGUUUGGCUUUGGUUGGUUCCUCUUUAUUACUAUGUUGUUCAUUUCUCUUUUUUGAAUUCGUGAUGAUGAACAAAGGAUGUAUGAAGCAGGAAUUUUGAGUCUUUAGCAUGCUUAGGGGAAAGUAGGGAUGAAAAGUUGUGCUCAAAAUUCCCAGCUUGCUCUAUGUAAUUGUUGUUUUUUCAUUGCCAUCGUAAUUGACCAUGUUUCAAGAAA